CACUUUUCAUCACAUAUAUUUUGUAUGUUUGUUUUGGUUUGAAUUCAUACACAAUGCGAAAUAGAAAAUAGUAUGGGCGUCUCCGCUCGUGUUUUUUGAAGACUUUUAUUCUUCAGUGAAUUUAGCGAAUUGUCAAAUAAUAACUUUGCAAAUAUUAUUGAUAAGUGAAUCAAUGCGAUAAGAAUUACAGACACAACAUAACCAACAAAUAAAAGUGAUAUUGUAAUUAAUACAGUUUACACAGUCUUGUUUAUUCAUACUUUUCGAAUAUUUUUUUGGACAAAAAUGAGACAAAAACUAACAUUAGCUUAUAAACUAAAGUCAACCGCUAUCGUGACAACUGUUGGUGUUGGUGCAUUUUUUGGCAUCGGUGUUUAUCGUAACGAAGACAAAUUUUACGACAAAUUCUUGAUGCCAAUUGUACAACUUUGUCCACCCGAAUACUGUCAUCGUCUUGCUGUGCUCGGUUUUAAGUAUAAAUUAUUUCCACGACAACAUCAACCGGACUCGGAGAAUUUGAAAACCAAAUUGUUGGAUUUUUCAUUGUCAAAUCCCCUGGGAAUUGCGGCUGGUUUCGACAAACAUGGUGAAGCUGUCGAUGGUUUGAGUCAAAGUGGUUUUGGAUUCGUGGAAAUUGGUUCUGUUACGCCUGAACCGCAACCUGGUAACGACAAGCCACGUGUAUUUCGAUUAAUUGAGGAUAAAGCGAUUAUAAAUCGAUAUGGCUUCAAUAGUGACGGUCAUGAUGCUGUUCUAGAGCGUCUAUUAAAACUGAAGAAGUCGAAUGCAGAAAUCGUACUCGGUGUAAAUUUGGGUAAAAAUAAAACAACCGAAAUAGCGCAUGAUGAUUAUGUCAAAGGAAUUGAUAAGUUUGCUUCAGUUGCUGAUUAUUUUGUUGUAAAUAUCAGUAGUCCGAAUACGGCUGGAUUAAGGAACUUGCAACAAGCAGAAAAUCUACAAUUGUUGUUGAGAAAAGUCAUAGAAGCUAGAAAUAAGUUGGACCAAGCGAAACGACCACCAAUUUUAUUGAAAGUUGCACCAGAUCUGACCGAUAGUGAUGUCCAAGACAUUGUUUCGGUUAUUUCAAAGAAAGAAUGUCGCGUAGAUGGAUUAUUGAUUUCAAACACAACCAUUGAGAGAAGCGAAUCAUUAAAAAGCAAAGAUAAAUCCGAAACGGGCGGUUUGAGUGGUGCACCGUUGGGCUCACGUUCUACAAAAAUGAUUGCAAAAAUUUACACAGCGACAAAGGGACAAGUGCCAAUAAUUGGCAUUGGUGGUAUUUUCAACGGACAAGAUGCAUUCGAUAAAAUUGUUGCCGGAGCAAGUGCAGUUCAAAUUUAUACAUCGCUUAUUUAUCAUGGACCACCUGUCAUUCAAAAAAUAAAAAAAGAGCUGUCGAAUUUACUUGCAGCAAACGGCUAUGAAAGUGUCGAAAUGGCCCGUGGAAAGCAAGCCAAAAUUAUUGCAAAAGAAACAAAGUAAAUUUUAUUAAAGUGGGUGAUAUUUUAUAAAAAAAAUAAUUC